AUGUCGUACCAACUGAAAAGCACAACAAAUCUGAUCCCCUCUUACCGUCUCGCCAAUUCUCCCCAAUUUCAUCCUGGCUUGUCCAGCUUCACUCGAAAUGCUGCUCAGUUGACCUCAUUUUGCGGGCUUCCUUCAGUACCUUCUGAGUGUCGACGCCCUCUCGCACCCAACCCACUCUUCACAGCCCCACCAGACACGUAUCCAUUCCAGUAUUGA